AUGCUUUCCCAUUUACUUAUACUCCUUGCGUCGUCGCCAAGCACUUUCUCUUCGCGCUCAGGUCAACAUCCAUCACGCUAUGAAGGCAGAGACCUGUCGUGUGAGGUCACCAGUGACUCCGCCGCUGGAUUGGGCUUCCGAGGAAAACGCGGCCUGGCCUACAACGAUGCCCGGCAAGUUGAGUACUUCUUCGCGAGCAGCCUUAUGUGUGAGUCAUGUAGCUGGGCGUACAACUGGGACUCGCGAGACACCGGCCUCAUCGGAAGGGGCACCGACUUUGUCCCGAUGCUGUGGAGCCCAGCAGACGAUCAUACUCAGCGGUGGAAGCUGAAUGUUGAGGAUAUGAUUAGAAAAGGGUCCAGGCAUGUCCUGAGCUUCAACGAAUGCGACAUUGCCUCACAAUGCAACAGGAGUGCCAUGGAAGCUGCAGACGCGCACGUGAAGCACAUGAAUCCACUUUCGACUCGGGUCAGGAUCGGUGCACCUACAGUGUCGAACAGCAACCUGGCAGGCGAAGGAUUAGAAUGGCUCCAAGCCUGGGCAGACGUCUGCAAGGAGAAGGGCUGCGUGUAUGACUUUUGCCCAAUCCACUGGUACUCCUUUCCAGAGAGCACUGCAGAUCUGUUCCACCAUAUACAGCGGGCUUCUGCCAUCUGUGGUGGCAAACCUAUCUGGCUGACUGAAUUUUCUACGUUGCCACUGAGCCAAGGCGGUAGAGAAGUCGCUGAGUGGCUUAGGGGACAGCUGCCCAAGCUAGAUCUUCUCGAUUCUCUCGAAAGAUAUGCUUUUUUUAUGGUUGACGGGAAGCUGGUGGCAAAUGGGCUUCCCACUCCAGCAGGUGCAGUGUACGCAGCGUGA